GGGUAUCUGAAUCUAAUGUCACUAAUCAUAACAUCCGCAGGCUUCGAGAAGUGACAGUUUAGACCUUUGUGCUGCUUAUUGUGCAACACUGCCACACAGACACACAUACACACACACGUGUAUGAGAACCGGGGGUGUGUCAGAGGUCACUCCGCGUGUAUGAGCGCCGCCGCUGCCGUUGGAGACCCCCGUACCGAGCUGCUGGACUGCUGCGGAGGACUCAACAACGUCGAUUACUCGAAGGUGGACUUGGCACCAAUGGAAGAACUCUUAAAACGCAUCAACUUCAAGGACUCCGGCUUUUGUCUCGCUGUGAUCGCGAUCAUUUUCAACCCCUUGUUCUGGAACUUGGUGGCGAGAUGGGAGCAUCGGACACGGAGGCUCUCCAGGCUGUUCGGGAGCCCCCACCUGGCCUGUUACUGUCUGGGAUUCGUCAUCAUUCUCCUCAAUGUUUACCGCAGCCACAGUGUGACUGUGGCGAUGAAGGCCCAGCCCAGGUGGGACGCCAUGGAUCAACCGGUUAUCUUCUACGCUGGAGUCGCCCUCAUGGUGCUGGGCACGCUCAUGGUGGUCACCAGCUUCCUGGCUCUGGGCUUCACUGGAACCUUUCUCGGUGACUACUUUGGCAUUCUGAUGGAGGAAAAGGUGACGGGCUUUCCUUUCAACGUCACAGAGAACCCGAUGUACUGGGGCAGCACCGCCAACUACCUCGGCCUGGCCUUUAUUGGCGCCAGUCCCAUUGGUCUCGUCCUGACCUCCAUCGUGGCAGUGGCCUACAAGGUGGCCAUAAGUUUUGAGGGACCAUUCACCGAGCAGAUCUAUCAGCAGAGGAGUCGGCGGCGAAAGCUUGAGUGAUCGCCUCCUCCUCCUCCUCCACCCAGAUGCUUCCUGUUCCUGGGACCGGCUUGGGAUUCCCGUCCCAACACGAGGACAGACGGAACGAUGGACGGACUGAGCGAACAACUUCGUUAAUCAACCUCAGACGGAGACGGAAUAAAUCCGCUGGCGACUAUUUAACAGUGUUUUGAUCAUUUGAAGGACACAUGGAGCACGUUAUGGAUUCUGACUCACGUGACUGCAGCGUACUUUAUUUUAUUACGAAUUCUACUUAUUUGCUUGGAAUGAUGCCACAUGAUUAGGUACCUUUCAGUUUCUCCAGUUCAGUUGCAUAUGCAAAGUUAAAGUUGAAAAAAAUGUUUGCUUUGGGGGCAAAUCCUGAGUCUUUGAUUGGAACUGUGAUUGGGACAGUUUUGUGAAUCAUGUGAAGCUGUGUUUUCGGGUGAUGCGAGUACAAUGUGGAAGAUGUCAAAAGAUCACAUUGUCCAAAAUGAGCGACGCACAGAAAGCACCUCACAAUCAAGGCGUCAAAUAAAAGUCACGGGGGGCCAGGUGAGGGAAUGACUUUUGUCCCUUCUUCUGAAAUGCAUGACGAACAGAAGUCAGGUGUGAAACACGCCUGAUGCUCCAUGUCCACUAAAGAAACCAUCCUUAAGUUGGCAGUGUGUGUAAAUUCACAUCCUCAUUGUGUUCACAGUGUGUGUACGUGCGUGUGUGUCCUCUCUCCACCUGCAUUUCUACAAAUAUCCAUUGCUGGAUCAGGCUCAGUGUCUUUGUGUUGCAUUGUGGCUCAGAUGGUACAAUGAUGAUUUCAGGGGUGUUUUCAGUAUCGGAGGUAAUUAGCAUCGUAUGAAGCUAGAGACCAAAAGAUUUAUAAAGGGAUCGACUGUGAAAUUCAUGACCUCCAGAAAAUGACAGUCUGUGAUCAAAGCCGCUCUGCAAGCCCAGUUUUUAACUUCUUCUGUUGUGUUCCAAAAAAAAAUAGUCAUUGUUCAACUCAAUGGGUUAAAACAGGUAUUACAACCAAAACACCUGGUAUUGUGUUCUUUUGUACCUUAUUAAGUCAUUUGAAAUAAAUUAA